AUCCACAUGCCAAGCACAUGCAGAUGGUGAGGUCUGCCCCUUUUUUUCUCAGAGAUAGCAUGCCUGAAGUCUGCUCUCUCUAUACGUUACUCCAUGAAAAACGAGCAGCAAAGUUGCUAGAAGCUUCGUCGAUGCUGGAGUCUUCCCUAAUUAACUAUGGCAUUUCAUGUACUCUGGAGAAGGAUUCCAUGGCAUUCAUCACAACGAGAUGUACUAAGGAGCCAGAUAUCAUUGACAAGGCUUUCCAGCUACUUGAACUUUUGUCAACAACUCAUGUUCCAGUAUCUCUGGCAAUAGAAAUAUUGGAUGGUAGUAUGCAAACUUGCCUAAUUAAAAUUGGGAAUCAAGAAGGUGGGAUUUGCUCAGACUUUGGGAUCAGUGAGGAGGAAUACCUUAUAUGAUGGGAAUGUCUUCGCCACUCCCUACAGGUAUGCAGAUUUUUGGUUCUUCCGGCUAGUUGUUGUGUCCAACUAUUUGGUACUAUAAUUUGGAUGCAGGCAGUUGCUGAAACGGCGGAAUGUAAUGUAUUUCUCAACGUAAGUGAUUGUUCCUUUGUAAUUUUGAGGGAUAAAAUUUGUACAUCUUUUCACUAAUCUUCCUCCAGUUUAAGUGAGAACUAUGAAUUUUUUAUCCUAUUUUUUCUGUAAAUGAAUAGUAUUAUUACACUGUUGCUGCUGUGGGGAAUACUUCACUAGAAUUGUUCCCUGUGGUGCGGGAAAUGGCAAGAGUCAUGAACUGUGAUGUCAGGACUAGUGUAAGGAAUACUGUUCCCUGGUGAUUCGGAUGGUUUACAUUGUUUUUUUCUGGGUAUUCUCAGACUAUAGUAAUAUAAUGAUCUUUACUUG